AUGACCAGGGGUGCUUGGAUGUGUCGGCAGUAUGACGACGGCUUAAAAAUCUGGUUGGCGGCACCCCGGGAGAACGAGAAACCGUUCAUCGAUUCGGAGAGGGCUCAGAAAUGGCGACUGUCUCUGGCAUCUCUCUUGUUUUUCACCGUCCUGCUCUCUGAUCACUUGUGGUUUUGCGCCGAGGCCAAGCUGACCCGAACCCGGGACAAGGAGCAUCAGCAGCAGCAUCAGCAGCAACAGCAUCAGCAUCAGCAGCGGCAGCAACAGCAGAGGCAGCAGCGGCAGCAACAGCAGCAGCGGCCACGGCCGCAGGAGCCCUCCUGGCCCGCGCUCCUGGCGAGCAUGGGGGAGUCCUCGCCCGCUGCUGCCCAGGCGCUCAGACUGCUCUCCGCCUCCUCCUCGUCCCCCACCCUGCCCCCUUCCCCGGGAGACGGCCACAGCAGAGGCGGAGGAGGCAAGGGCAGCGGGGGCAAAAGCAACCGGAGCAAGGCUCUUUUUCUAGGAAACUCUGCCAAGCCCGCCUGGCGCCUGGAGACUUGUUACCCCCAAGGCGCGUCCUCGGGCCAGUGCUUCACGGUGGAGAGCGCGGACGCCGUGUGCGCCAGGAACUGGAGUCAGGGGGUGGCGGCGGCCCGGGGGGAGGAGCAGCGGCGGCAGCAGCAGCAGCAGGUGAGAGGGACACGUCCAAGUCCACUCUGGAACUUGUCGGAUUUUUACCUUUCGUUUUGUAAUUCCUACACACUCUGGGAGUUGUUCUCGGGGCUGUCCAGCCCCAGCACGUUGAACUGUAGUCUGGAUGUGGUGCUCAAGGAGGGCGGCGAGAUGACCACCUGCAGGCAGUGCGUCGAGGCUUACCAAGACUACGACCACCACGCUCAGGAGAAGUACGAAGAGUUCGAGAGCGUGCUCCACAAAUACUUGCAAUCGCAGGAGUACUCGGUGAAAUCCUGUCCCGAGGACUGUAAGAUUGUCUACAAAGCCUGGCUGUGUUCCCAGUACUUUGAAGUCGCACAGUUUAACUGCAGAAAGACAAUUCCUUGCAAGCAAUACUGUUUGGAAGUUCAGACGAGGUGUCCGUUUAUAUUGCCCGACAAUGACGAAGUCAUCUACGGGGGACUCUCCAGUUUCAUCUGUACAGGGCUCUACGAGACCUUUCUCACCAAUGAUGAACCAGAAUGCUGUGACGUCAGGAGACAGGAGCCAAAAAGCAACCCAUCCAAAGGAGAGGUGGAGAACAGUGGCUCCCGUCACAGGACGUCGCUCCCAGUUUCCUCAGCUACAAGAUUGUGCAACAGCAGACUCAAACUGUGUGUCCUGGUACUGAUUCUCUUACAUACAGUGCUCACAGCCUCAGCUGCACAGAACACCACGGCGCUGAGCUUUGGAGGCAUCAACACGCUGGAGGAAAGCUCGGCCAACGAGGAGUAG